UAUCUUGGAUCUUACAAGGAAAGGGAUCGAGGGAAUGAAGUCGUUUUACUUGCGAUUAUAUCUGGACCUUUGGGAAACCAAGAAUAAAUGUUAUUCACAUCUACAAAGCCUACUAGCUGAUUCGGGCGUUACUGAAAAAAGUGAGAACGCUAAAAUAGAAUUUUAUACUAUGAAAGCUUAUGUUGGCAAACAGCUUUGUUUGAAAAGCCCAGAACGUUAUGGUAGUGAAUUAGUUUCACAUUUAUCAGACAUAUUAAAUAAAUGUAAAGGUGAAGCCGGGACUGUGGCGACCUCUUUGGUUUUAGAAGGAAUUGUGCUCUUAUGUAAAAGCGGAAUUAUAAGUAUUAGUAGUACAUGGGAUGCUUUACAACCACUUCUUCAGAAGGAAGCUCGUGCGCAUGUUAUUCAAAGGUAUUGCGAGUUUAUGGCAGAAGUAAGUUACUUUGACGCAUCAGAGUGUUCGGAUGUCGUCGUUAGUUCAAUAAUCCAAAAAUUGUUUUCUUAUGCAAUUAACUCGGAAAAUGAAGACGUUGUAUGUGCUGCGUACAAGGCAUUGAGUUGUUUUCCUGUUGAUGAAGUUCUUGUGGAAUUAUGUAAUUGUUUGGAUACUAGCUUGCCAGUGCACUCAAAAACAGGUAGGUAUAGGUGCCGAUGCAAUUAGAAGGUUAGACAUUUGCACUCAGAAGGUUAGAGUGAUCACAUUUGUCAUUAUUUUAACUUUACAUUUGACAUUUGUAGCGCAUUUUUCAACAGAGUUGGGUGCGCUAUUGCAGCAACUUUUUCUGUCCAUCCGUCUGUCCGAGGCCUUAACUACUACAGUUUUUCAGAUAUUUAGAUUAUUUCUGCAUUCGGUAGCGUAUUGCACUGGCACCUGAG